GAUCAAAUUUACGCGUAAAGAGGGAUAAGAAAAAAAAAUGCCCCCACCACACGAUCAUUGCGGCGGACAGCCACCCCAUCGUCGUGGGCCCACCAUCAAAGUGCAGAUCGCUGCACCCUGGCCGCGUCGUCAUCGUGCACCCCCACCACCCAUUGUGGUGGUGCAGCAGAGACCACCACCACCACCCCCAGUAGUGGUGGUGCAGCAGGCACCGCCGCCAUAUGGAUACUACCAACAGCCGCCGCCACCACAGGGACCACCCGGAGGCGGUCACUAUCACAAUCCGCAGUACUGAA